AUGCACUUGUUUCACUAUCACAGCGUAAUAGGUAUCGCAGCAAUUCUUUUUGUCCUCUUUUUUUGGCAGGAUAUCCCCAAGUGCAUGUGUCAAGGCUGUUCAUGGAUUCUCCCCAAAGCUUGUGUAAGUUGAUGGGUACUAAAAUGUUGCAUGAGGAAACAAGCAAUAAUACAAUUGUAUUUUCUUUGAUAAAAUCUUAAAAAUGAACAGCCUCCAUUAAACAGAAUAGAGAAACAACAUUGGGGUCUCAAUUGACCAAAUAUGGACUGUAUUUGUAAACACGACGGGUCAAGAUAACCCAUGACCCCUAACCCCUGAUCCUGCACAGUUGUCAAGGGUGACAAGGACCUCCAGGUGAUGAAGGCGGGGGCCAUGUUGAAGAAGGUCAAGUCCAACUCGUGGAAGAAGCAGCGGCAUUUCCGGCUACAGGAGGACGGCCAGACCAUCUGGUACAAGUCCAGGUGGGCAGGAACAGGCCACUCCACAUGUGAGUAACGGGGUGUGGGUGGCGGGAGGGAGCACGGAUGAGACGGCAUAAGAAUUAACUACAGUCUGUACAUACUGUAGAUAACUGAAUUGACGGCCAUAUUAUUUCUCUUUUGAAAAAAGGAUGAUGCAUACAAUCAUUCCUUGAGAAAUCACUUUAGCAUUGAAAAAGCCUAAGUAUGUCUUCACAUACAGCGCCUUGCAAAAGUAUUCAUCCCCCUUGGCGUUUUUCCUAUUUUGUUGCAUUACAACCUGUAAUUUAAAUGGAUUUUUAUUUGGAUUUCAUGUAAUGGACAUACACAAAAUAGUCCAAAUUGGUUAAGUGAAAUGAAAAAAAUAACUUGUUUCAAAAAAUUCUAAGAAAUAAAUAACGGAAAAGUGGUGCGUGCGUAUGUAUUCAACCCCUUUGCUAUGAAGCCCCUAAAUAAGAUCUGGUGCAACCACUUACCUUCAGAAGUCACAUAAUUAGUUAGAUUGCACACAGGUGGACUUUAUUUAAGUGUCACAUGAUCUGUCACAUGAUCUCAGUAUAUAUACACCAGUUCUGAAAGGCCCCAGAGUCUGCAACACCACUAAGCAAGGGGCACCACCAAGCAAGCGGCACCAUGAAGACCAAGGAGCUCUCCAAACCGGUCAGGGACAAAGUUGUGGAGAAGUACAGAUCAGGGUUGGGUUAUGAAAACAUAUCCAAAACUUUGAACAUCCCACGGAGCAGCAUUUAAAUCCAUUAUUUAAAAAUGGAAAGAAUAUGGCACCACAACAAACCUGCCAAUAGAGGGCCGCCCACCAAAACUCACAGACCAGGCAAGGAGGGCAUUAAUCAGAGAGGCAACAAAGAGACCAAAGAUAACCCAGAAGGAGCUGCAAACCUCCACAGCGGAGAUUGGAGUAUCUGUCCAUAGGACCACUUUAAGCUGUACACUCCACAGAGCUGGGCUUUAUGGGAGAGUGGCCAGAAAAAAGCCAUUGCUUAAAGAAAAAAAUAAGCAAACACGUUUGGUGUUCGCCAAAAGGCAUGUGGGAGACUCCCCAAACAUAUGGAAGAAGGUACUCUGGUCAGAUGAGACUAAAAUGUAGCUUUAUGGCCAUCAAGGAAAACGCUAUGUCUGGCGCAAACCCAACACCUCUCAUCACCCCGAGAACACCAUCCCCACAGCGAAGCAUGGUGGUGGCAGCAUCAUGCUGUGGGGAUGUUUUCCAUCGGCAGGGACUGGGAAACUGGUCAGAAUUGAAGGAAUGAUGGAUGGCGCUAAAUACAGGGAAAUUCUUGAGGGAAACCUGUUUCAGUCUUCCAGAGAUUUGAGUCUGGGACAGAGGUUCACCUUCCAGCAGGACAAUGACCCUAAGCAUACUACUAAAGCAACACUCCAGUGGUUUAAGGGGAAACAUUUAAAUGUCUUGGAAUGGCCUAGUCAAAGCCCAGAUCUCAAUCCAAUUGAGAAUCUGUGGUAUGAAUUAAAGAUUGCUGUACACCAGCGGAACCCAUCCAACUUGAAGGAGCUGUAGCAGUUUUGCCUUGAAGAAUGGGCAAAAAUCCCAGUGGUUAGAUGUGCCAAGCUUAUAGAGACAUACCCCAAGCAACUUGCAGCUGGAAUUGCUGCAAAAGGUGGCUCUACAAAGUAUUGACUUUGGGGGGGGGUGAAUAGUUAUGCAUGCUCAAGUUUUCUGUUUUUUUGUCUUCUUGUUUGUUUCACAAUAAAAACAUAUUUUGUAUCUUCAAAGUGGUAAGCAUGUUGUGUAAAUCAAAUGAUACAAACCCCCAAAAAAUCUAUUUUAAUUCCAGGUUGUAAGGCAACAAAAUAGGAAAAAUGCGAAGGGGGUGAAUACUUUCGCAAGCCACUGUAGGCCCCGAUUCCGACCAGAGUUAAGUGCGUGUAACUUUUUAUGCACUUCUCUCUCAAUGCAUAUUCUGACCUUGAACUUAUGCAUGAGAAUAGCAUGCUAUUCACCCACUUAGUCCGGGUAGAGAUCUAAGAAAUGAAAGGUGCAGAAGUGUCUACAGAUAAGCCAUAUUCUGACCUUGACUUAACUCCCUCAUAAUUACGCCACCUUUAGGCGUGAGGUGAAUAAGGUCGAGCAAACCUGCCGGUUACAAAUGGAAAAAGCAUCUACUUUUUUUUAUUCAGAUAUAAAUAGCAGCAUUCUCCAUGCGCUGUAAUUUAUAAAUGGAUAAAAGCUAUUGAUAAGAGCUAGGUAAAUGAUUGUAAAUACACAGCCAUAGCUUUAGAUAAUUUUCCCAAAUGGAAGCAAACUGAAAAUCAUGUAUUGUGGCUCCUUUUCCACAGUGAAAUAGGCUAUAAAUAGCUGUGCCAUUAGUCAGAAUUUUCAUUGUGUGCCCUCAUAAUUUGUGUGGAUGAAAUCUGGACACCCAAGCUAUAGGCUUCUGUUGUACAAUUUGUAUCAUGUUAAACAUUAGCCACUAUCGGGAGCCACCGUCAGUAAUACCCACAUACAUUUAUAACUGUCACUUUAUUGUUCGUUUUCAAUUUGUAGCUUACAUUUAGCAUCAUUCCGUUUCCAUUCUCUUUUUUUUGUCACAUUCGUGUAAGUUGUUCCGCCAGCAUUAGUGGAUCAUAUUAGGCUGUUGUGAAAUAAUUUGGGACAUGUAGCCUAUUUGAAUCAUUAUGGAACUCAGACCACACGUAGCAGGUUAAACCUGGAGCCUGGUGCACGGUUCACGAUGACUGGACCGUUGUCGUACGGUUCCAUGAUUAGUGAGAAUUAGGGUAGAUUUAUAGGACUAUUGUUCAACCCCUAUUGUACACUUUUUUUCCUACCUUCCAAUAUUUAAUGGAUUGAACUCGAAUAUGACAACUUUCAGGGUGAAUCAAACCACCAUUUUUUAUUCAUCAAUAUACAGUAUUUAAUGCAUAAAGGCUCUCCAAACCAGUUUUUUUUUUUUUAUGAUUCAUACUUUCCUAACCCCAAAAUGUUCCUAAAUAAUCUACAAGAUCAGAGUAUUUUUAAAUCUACCAGUUGGUGCUGAAACUGAGACGAAGAUGCAUAUUUAGAUGGCUUCUUUCAUUCUUCUCUAUUUUUAUGAACCCGUUCUCUCGAUGCAUUCUAGUCUGUCGACAAAAUUCUAAUUAAAGGUACACCGUAUUUAAAGGGAUGGCUUAAGAUAAAUGUAUUGAAAACCCUUUUGAAUAAAAACUCCAUGAGAAAAUAUGUUGGCCAGCCAGUGGGAGGGUUUUCAGCGGUUGAAUUAAAGAAUGUCAGUUCGCGCAUGGGAACCAUGUCUGCAAAGCCCAUUACGCACCUACAUAAGGUCUGAAUACCAACUACUGAGAAGCGUGUAGGAAAGGCGUGCGUAAGAAAGCCGUCAUUUCCAAAGUCUGAAUCGGGCCAAUAAUGCCUAAUGUUCCUUUCUAGUCUCUGUGGCUGAUGUUGAGGUGGUGCGUGAAGGUCACCAGUCGGAGGUCCUGCUGAGCGUCGCUGAAGAGUUCCCCGCUGACCUCUGUUUCACCCUGGUGUUCCGUGGUCGCCGUGGCAACCUGGACCUGGUGGCAGAGUCACCUUCUGAGGCGCAGGCCUGGAUCCGGGGUGUACGCAAGCUGAUCCAGAAUGCUGAGAGUAUGGAUGACAAGGAGAGGGUUGACCAGUAUCCUUAUUAUCCCAUUCAGAUAACAGGCAGAUUUUUUUUUAAUGCUUAGAUGUUUUGUGACACUUGACUUGGUGGGGCCUUAUCAUAAUACGUUCAUAACAUUUGACCUAAACAAUCAAAACCAUAGAGAUCCUAUUAAGUUACUAGAGGGGCUAUGUCAUAAACCGUCAAAGUUCCAGAAUGGGGUGACAAUGGCAGCCAUUUUGUCCGCGAGAAAUCCAAACCAGUCUAAUUGGAAUGAAUGGCAGUAGAGGCGAAAAACAGAUUUUAUUGAUGCUGGAAAAUUGCUCACGGAUUCUUUUAGCUGACCGAAAUGACUGACCUUUAUCCCAUCAUUCAUGUCCAUUCUAGUAUUCUAAUUCUUAAUUCUAUGGUCAAAAAACACUGGAGUUGUGAGAGUAAAGUCUUUGUUUUUGCUCCUUUCUAAAUCAUGUCUUACCAAGUGUUGUCCUUAGCCAGCAUCUUCCCUCAGAUGGAUCUGGGACUGGUUUCAGAAGGCGGACAAAAACAAGGACGGACGGAUGAACUUCAAGGAGGUGCGCACACUGCUGAAGAUGAUGAACGUGGACAUGAACGAGGAGUACGCUCUUCACCUCUUCACGGUGAGGUACCCAUCAUGUUCGUGUGGUCUUCCGUUUAGUGUAUCAAAACCAAAAUAAAAUAUACUUAUUUUCUAUAUUUAUUCUAUGCUUUCCACUGCUCAUAUGACAUCCUCAGUCAAUUAAUCAACCUAGUAUUGUGAGCAGCAGUUCAAUUGGGAUGUUGUAGGUGGUGGAAUAGUUCUCAACAUUGGUCAUAUUUAACAGAAACCUAUCACAGUCAAAUAUCAGUAACUCAUCUGCCUUCCAUCAUCAGGUGAUGGAAUUAUGUUUAAGCGUGAUUGAUUGAGGGUACAAUACCACGGGAAGACCGCUGAGACCGCUAACAAUCUAUGCUGCUUCUUUUCUUUACCCCCAGUUGGCAGAUAAGUCAGAGUCCGGUUGUCUGGAGAACAAGGAGUUUGUCCAGUUCUAUAAGAUGCUGACGGAAAGGCAGGACAUGUGGCGGGUAUUCCAGGACUACUCCCAAGACGGACAGAUGUUAACCCUUGCUGAGCUGAAGGACUUCCUGAGGCAGGAGCAACAGGAGGGGGCGAGGAGUCGGGAGCAUGCCCAGGAGCUGAUUGACCGCUAUGAGCCGUCAGAGACCGGUAAGGACCACUGUGCAACUGUGACCAAGCACAGUCAACCAUAAUGAAUUAUGUCAUUAAUAGCCUCCAUGAGACAAUGUCAAUCACAAUGAACAGCAACCACAAUGUUAAUUACCUAGUUUACUUCAGUAAACCAGAAGAGCCCACAAUGAACCAUUCAACAAGUAACCAUGAUUAACCACCAUAGUCAAUUAGGACUUGUUUCAGGAAACUAGGCAUAUGUCGCGCGUCACUACUUCACAGGAGAGCCAUUUGAACGUAAACGUAAACGGUUUUUUGGGCAGAAAUGCCUUCUGGAACGUGAACUUUCAUGUGCCUUAAUAACAAAUGUGUAUGCCAUCUGUAAAUACGAAUACAAUUGUUAAAUUACGAGCCUAGUUGGUUUAGCCACAGAAAAAGACGGGAACCUUCCCGCUUGCCAUGAUUGGCUGAGAUAAUGGAUGGGCUGGACAUGCCGAGAGAUGAGUUCAGAUUGGUCUGCCAUGUAGCACGCUUCUGUCUAUAACAUGAGCUGGUCAGUACAGUAUGUGUAGGUAAUCCUUUCUAACGUGGCUUUUUUGAAAGAUAUCACGUAGUAGAACUGCAAAAGUGUUUCUCUCCACUUUCUGGAGGACCGAGUUUUGAAAUCAGUGGAAUGCCAGGUGGAAUUAGAGUAUGAUAGCUAAGCAGAUGGAGAACAUUCUGGCGUUUGAUUGCAAAUAUGCGGACGGAGUCGAAAAGAGAACACACAAAAGGCUGUUGUAUAAAACACCUCGCAUUACAUCUUCAAACUAAGGGCAACCAUGGCAUCCGUGACAGAGAGGGAGAAGCGUCCAUCCAUGUAUAUGGGUAAGACAGUCUAGCUAGCUACAUCUUCAGAUAUUAUACGUUUCUAAUUUUGUCAGAAAGUCAUUUUCAUUUCAAGUUAAAGCAUACUGUUAGCUAGCUAGCUCGCUAGCUAAUGUAACUUGUAUGAUCUGUUGAGUAAUAUUAUUUGUAUCUCAGAGCCAUUUGCAUUGCUAAUUAUAGCCUAAUGUUAGCUAGCUAGCUAACAUUGAACCUGGUUGGUUAGCUACCUGCAGAUUCAUGCAGGGUAGUAAUAUUAUGAGUUGGGAUUAUUGUUCAUUGUUUAGCUAGCUAGCUACAUGUCUAAACAAAAGACUCCACUAUGCAAUUAACCAUUUAACUACACCUUCUGUAUCCUGUGCAUGUGACAAAUAAACUUAGAUUUUAUUUCAUAUAGUAUGUGUUUACCAGAGACGGUAAUGUGAAGAACAUGACCUGCACCAAAGUCAAAUUAGGAUAUAACGUUAGGCCAACGAGACAGUGUCCAAGUAAAAUAAUUAUCCGGUAGAAUGCCCUGCUUUUAUUUCGUCACACUCACAACCGUAAGCUAUUUUCUGUAAUUGGCUCGCCAUUAACUUGUAAAUAAUUAUCUUGUUGUGAGUUUAUUUUCCUGUAAUAAUGAAGACAAAUGGGCUAAAGUGAAGACGUUGUCAGCUAUAUGAUAUGGUCAUUAUUUGAACUGGCUAGCCAGCUAACUUAACAUUAGUUAGCUAACAAGCUAGAAACGAACCAAAACAUUGUUUAGAAAGUUGCUUUUAGUUGCCUGGUUUGUUAGAUUGACAUAUACUAAAUUCAUUUUUAAACGGGUGGGUUUAUUGGUGUUAAAAUACACCAGUUAUGCUAUUUUGGACCACCAGGCUGCUGAUGUCAUGCAGCCUGUAGUUUUUGUGUUUAUACCUUUUCAUAACGACAACAACAAGUUUGAUGUCGGACGACUAUAGAAUGUUCAUGAUUUCACUGCGACAACUGUCGAUAGGCAUAGUAUAAACCAGCCUUUAGUCUUUAAAUCUUUGGUUGUUUAGUACAUGGCCUCACAUAUGAAUCCUUAAAGAGAUGGGUGGGGCUAAAGCUUAAGAGGGUGUGAACGUUGCUGAAUGGGUGUAGACAAAUAAGAGCUCUCCAGUAGGUUUACCAAAACAUUCAAGGGCCAUUUUCUCAAAAGUGAAGUUACAAGUUUAGCAACUUUCAAAGCAGAAUUACUUUCCCAUUGUUCCUCAACUGUAGUGUAUGAUAAAACAUUUUUCAAACUCUUGAGUCUCUACUUUUAUCCAAUGUAAAAAACACAAUUUCAAAUGUUGCUACAUAAGAUCGAGCCGGUCGGUCACAAUUGUAAUCAACUGCCAUUGUCAACCACAAUCAACAGAGAGGCGUAGUUACUGAGUAUUUCCUGAUUGGGGUUGACUUAUGAUAAGACGGAACUUCCCAUGUCUCCUCACAGCCAAGAAACAGGGGGCCAUGUCUAUAGAUGGCUUUCAGAUGUACCUGGUCUCUCCAGAGGGCGCCAUCUUGGAUCCUCAGCGGCUGACCCUGCACCAGGACAUGAGCCAGCCCCUCAGCCACUACUUCAUCUGCUCCUCCCACAACACCUACUUGAUGGAGGACCAGCUCCGAGGACAGAGCAGCCAGGAGGCCUACAUCCAGUAAGGAACAAAACUAUCCUCAUCAUUACAACCCAUAGCUUCAUACCUAACAUCCAAUUAUAACCCUUUAUAGCUCAGGGAUGGGCAAAUCCAGUUCUCUGGGCCAGAUUGGUGACAUACAGGCAUGGGUACCUGACUUUGAAAGUGGGAGUGCAAUUCAUUUGACAGGUCUGAAACCCUACCAACCUUGUGACUCACAAACAUCCUGCCCCCUUCCCAGAAAAUCCCACCCAUAGUGAUUGAUUGACAGGCCAAACUGUUAAGAACAUGGCCAGGAUAAUGCAUGACCAUGAGGAAAUGAAAUGUUUAAAAUGGCAGCAAUAAUAUUGUUUUAGCCAAUAAGAAUGAUAAUUUUGACCUUGGUAGGUUAAGAAAAAGCAUUGUUAAAUUGCACAUUAAGUUCAUCUUAUUUUUGUCUACUGUAGCCUACCUUGAGAAUCUUGCCAUUUUAAGAUGAGAGAAAAUAAAAGGGUUUUAUAUUUAAACAAAACUGUAGCCUGCAGUUACGGGACUGGGCUACUAUCAAUUAUUUUCCAAUAUUUUUUAAAUUAUCAUUCUGUUUUUAAUGGUGGCCUUUAAAACAACAACCACAGUGAGUAGGCUACAUAUUUGACAACAAAUCGUGAAGAAACCGAAUAAUCAUGAAAAGUAUGAGGAAUAACAAAAGUGUAGUCUCAGCAAGCACGUUAAUUGACCUUUCAGCUUUUCCUCCAACAUGGACUUUUUUUUAAGCCUUUGCUUGAAGCACUGUCACCAUUAUUUAUUUAUUUAUUAACUUGUCUCAGCAGCCCACAUAUUUGAUGCAAAGAGGGUAGAAAUUGCUUAUUUGGUCCAUAUUACACUUACCAAGCAGAGCUGUUUUAUCGAGAUACAAAUAUCCUGUGCUUUUUAAUUUGACACAUACUGUAGGCACAUACAGACCAGAGUACAGUGCUAUGAAAAAGUAUUUGCCCCCUUUCUAAUUUUCUCUACUUUUACAUAUUUGUGAUACUGAAUGUUAUCAGAUCUUCAACCAAAUCCUUAUAUUAGAUAAAGGGAACAUAAGUGAACAAACAACACAACAAUUACGUAUUUAUUUCAUUUAUUUCAUUUAUUUCAUAAACAAUGUUAUUCCACCCAAUUCCCUUGUGUGAAAAAGUAAUUGCCCCCUUACACUCAAUAACUGGUUGUGCCACCUUUAGCUGCAAUGACUCCAACCAAAUGCUUCCUGUAGUUGUUGAUCAGUCUCUCACGUCGCUGUGGAGGAAUUUUGGCCCACUCUUCUGACGCUGAAGCGCAGCUGGGUCAUGCAGCAAGACAAUGAUCCAAAACACACAAUCAAGUCUACAUGAAAAUAGCUAAAAAGCAACAAAUUGGAAGUUUUGGAAUGGCCUAGUCAAAGUCCAGACCUAAUCCCAAUUGAGAUGUUGUGGCAGGAUUUGAAACGAGCAGUUCAUGCUUGAAAACCCACACUUCACUGAGUUAAAGCAGUUCUGCGUGGAAGAGUGGGCCAAAAUUCCUCCACAGCGACGUGAGAGACUGAUCAACAACUACAGGAAGCAUUUGGUUGGAGUCAUUGCAGCUAAAGGUGGCACAACCAGUUAUUGAGUGUAAGGGGGCAAUUACUUUUUCACACAGGGGAAUUGGGUGUUGCAUAACUUUGUUUAUGAAAUAAAUAUGUAAUUGUUGUGUUAUUAGUUCACUUAUGUUCCCUUUAUCUAAUAUUAGGUUUUGGUUGAAGAUCUGAUAACAUUCAGUAUCACAAAUAUGCAAAAGUAGAGAAAAUUAGAAAGAGGGCAAAUACUUUUUCAUAGCACUGUAUGUGAGAAAAGUGGCGCAAGGAGUGGAGCAUGCCCAAUUUGACUGGAGAGCAGAGCAAGUUUCCCAAAGGCUGGAGCGUUGACCUUCUCGCUCGCUCCAAUUUCGCUCCAUUACCGCUCCAGUAGCGCUCACUUCACUUCACCAGCUCAUGGCAUGCCCAGCCCAGUAUCUAUUUGUAGGCUACUGCUAUAGCCCCUUGCUUUGUCUACUGUCAGGUGUUCGCUAAAUAUUUUCAUAAAGAAACUGAUAAAACACACAGGUGCAAAAUCAAGGUGACUUACAAAGAUGAGGAGUAGCAAGAGUAGUGUCCCCAACUAAAGAAUCAUUGUGGAAUCUGAAAAUAUGUGUAUCCUGAAAGCAUGAUGGUGUACUAUGUGCACAUGCUACCAGAAAGAAAGCUAGCUACGUGUGUCACUGUAGCAAUGUAUUUAUAAACAAAAAAUCUGAUCUCUUAAAAGUUGGUAAUUUUCGUUCUAUUAUCUACAGUGAGGGAAAAAAGUAUUUGAUCCCCUGCUGAUUUUGUACGUUUGCCCACUGACAAAGAAAUGAUCAGUCUAUAAUUUUAAUGGUAGGUUUAUUUGAACAGUGAGAGACAGAAUAACAAACAAAAAAUCCAGACAAACGCAUGUCAAAAAUGUUAUCGAUUGAUUUGAAUUUUAAUGAGGGAAAUAAGUAUUUGACCCCCUCUCAAUCAGAAAGAAUUCUGGCUCCCAGGUGUCUUUUAUACAGGUAACGAACUGAGAUUAGGAGCACACUCUUAAAGGGAGUGCUCCUAAUCUCAGCUAGUUACCUGUAUAAAAGACACCUGUCCACAGAAGCAAUCAAUCAAUCAGAUUCCAAACUCUCCACCAUGGCCAAGACCAAAGAGCUCUCCAAGGAGGAGGAGAGCGAGAGAGAAAAGGAUACAAAGUAGUGGUCGGAGACAUGGAGGGGAGUUGCAGUGAGAUUAGUAGAAGAACAGCAUCUAGGAAAGAUGAGGUCAAGCGUAUUGCCUGCCUUGUGAGUAGGGGGGAACGGUGAGAGGGUGAGGUCAAAAGAGGAGAGGAGUGGAAAGAAGGAGGCAGAGAGAAAUGAGUCAAAGGUAGACGUAGGGAGGUUGAAGUCCCCCAGAACUGUGAGGGGUGAGCCAUCCUCAGGAAAGGAAUUUAUCAAGGCGUCAAGCUCAUUGAUGAACUCUCCAAGGGAACCUGCAGGGCGAUAAAUGACAAGGAUGUUAAGCUUAAAUGGGCUAGUGACUGUGACAGCAUGGAAUUCAAAUGAGGAGAUAGACAGAUGGGUCAGGGGAAAAAUAGAGAAUGUCCUCUUGGGAGAGAUGAGGAUUCCUGUGCCACCACCCCGCUGACCAGAUGCUCUCGGGGUAUGCGAGAACACAUGGUCAGACGAGGAGAGAGCAGUAGGAGUAGCAGUGUUUUCAGUGGUAAUCCAUGUUUCCGUCAGCGCCAAGAAGUCAAGGGACUGGAGGGUAGCAUAGGCUGAGAUGAACUCUGCCUUGUUGGCAGCAGAACGGCAGUUCCAGAGGCUGCCUGAGACCUGGAACUCCACGUGGGUGGUGCGUGCAGGGACCACCAGGUUAGAGAGGCAGCAGCCACGCGGUGUGAGGCGUUUGUAUAUCCUGUGCGGAGAGGAGAGAACAGGGAUAGACAGAGGCAUAGUUGACAGACUACAGAAAAUGGCUACAAUAAUGCAAAGGAGAUCGGAAUGAAAUGAACUAAACAUCUGGGAAAGGAGAGAGCGGGGCCUCCCUCACCACAACACCCAAAUAUAACUCUCCCAACUUCCACCUCAGAAACUAUAAUUGUUGUAAACUACAGCGGUUCAAUGUUUUCUAGGAAUAGACUAACUUAGUUUAUUCAGCUAGCUAACUUGGUACAGUAUUCUUCUGUGAAAAUCAUCCAGGGCACCUAGUCACAAGACGCCACAGCCAGCUAGCAUGCCGGACUCCAACAACACGGUUUAGCACCAAUACUCGGCCACAACAAACCACCAGUGUGUCAACACGCCAAGCAGAUCGUUUGUGUCCGUGUCUAACGUUGUGAGUUAGUCCCGACAGCUUGAGCGAGUCCGUCGUCAACUUAUUCAGCCAGUUAGUUAGCUAGAAUAGUUAGCAUACUAGCUAGCCAUUGCUUUCAGACAAAGAAGAAACCCCUCCUUUCACGGCAUGAACACACAGAGAGAGCCAAGCUAACAUUAACUAGUCACCCAUGUCCCGAAUUCCUUGAACGACUCUGGCUACCAAUAUGUAAAAACAAAACACAAAUGUAGGUUAUGACGUACCCCUAGCAGCUACUGUUAGCUAGCCAAGUGCAAAGCUAGCCACUGAAUUGACUCAGCCAGUUCGCGUCUGUUCGCUAGGUCGUUCCAGCUAUUGUUUACUAGUAGCUAUCCAGGUAGCAACAAGUUAGCUAAAUUUCAAGCACAGUAGCCACUUACUACCUAACGUUAACGGUUCAGACAAUGAGGUUAGAAAACAGCUGAAUGGUAGGCAUUAUUGUAUGUAAUUAUUGUAGGCAGCCAGCUGGCGUAAUUACAGGCACUCUCAGGCGUGAAACAACUAUACUGUUGCUAAUAGUUGCCAGGUAGUGGGUUAGCUAGCUAGCUUCGUGCUUCACCGGGCUCAGCCGAAUACAAUACUAACCUACAAUAAUUACAUACAACACCCCCGGGGGUGCCAGUUACCCCGGUAGAAGAUUAUGGCAUAGGGUUUCACACAAGUGUGUUAAAAUCCAUUUAAUCAGUUUUAUUUAGAAAUUCUUUAGUAAGUAAUACUUAAAAGCUAAGUCUAGUUGUCUUAUUUUAAUUAAUAAGAUUAUUACACUGUUGGAGCUAGGAACACAAUAAUUUUGCUACACCCGCAAUAACAUCAGCUAAAUAUGUGUAUGUGACCAAUAAAAUUUGAUCUUAUUUUUGAUUUUGAUUUUUAUAAUUUACAUAAAAUAUGGGGGUCGGGGAAAUGGUGAAGUAAAGUCCCUCUUUUUAACUCACCUGCACAUUAAUUUUCUUUAUUAUUUAUUUGUUGUUCCUUUUCCAUACAAUCCAUUAUGUACAAUUGCACUAAAUAUUAUUUGAAUAAUGCAAGAUUUUAAAUCCCAGCAGUCUUUAAAAUGACAUUCAGGAGCAAAAGGUUUUCAAUAGUUGUUUUUAAUUCAUUUAAAAAAAAAUCAUUGGAAUAUAAUAUUGGAAUGGAAUAUAACUAAUAACAUUAAAUAACAUUGGAAUAUAACAUUUAAUAACAAUAACUUAACCAAUUAACUCAGUAUAACAUUGAUGUGGCAACUCCCUUAUGCUCUGCUAUUGCACAAUUCUAAAUUGUACAUAGGUCACAAAUAAAGCUAUCCCCAGUAAAAUUGGAGCACAACUGAUGAGCCCACCUCCUGCACUGCUCACACAUAAUCCAGUCCCCACCUGUGGCUGAAAACAGGGGGAGAGAUGCCAAAUGAAAAGCUCUCUCUUAAAAACGUAGCUAGCUAUCUAGCUAUAUCACAUACAAUGCUGUGUAAAAUAGCUUAAAGGCUAUAAAGUAACAUUGACUGUAAAGCUAUCAGUCCCUAGUGGAAACAUUUACAACUGCAAUUAAAUUAUGUUAUCCUUUUAAUGUAUUUUACCUCAGACGAUCUGGUAGUAAGGUUGCUAGCUAGCACUCCUAGCAGCUUAUGCUAACUAGGUAGCUGGCUAGCAUUUACUGCUAGUGAAGUUGCUAGCUAGCAAGUUAGCAUAAACUAGUGCUAACUAGGCUAGUCAUUGUCAAAAUGACAGGUAGAAACAUAUUCAUAACCAUAAAGGGGUAACUAGCCCCCAGGGGCCAGCUACCCCCUAGUAGGGGGGGUGAGUUGCCCACAACACACUCAUCCAACAUAUUAGUACUUUACUCAAAAUGUAUCUACAUUUUCCUCUCUAAACAAGUGGAUUAUUGAUCUUAAGGCUUUCCUACUUGUAUAUUUUAAAUACAAUUAUAGAUCUAACUUCAUUGGAAUAUAUCUACAACUUUUUCUAAAUGUAAAAAAAAAUGGAUCAACUUACCACAAAAUCGUUUUGUUGAAAUAUCUCCCAAAGUUGUGAUGACACAGAGGAAAUUGUUUGUUGAGCAAGAGCAGUGGCAGCCAGGAAAAUGUUGGGAAAUAAUAAAUAAAUAAAAUAAUUUGGUGACAUCUUGUGGUCAUAAUGUGAAUUUCAGGGGAGCGGAGCAGUUACCCCAGGGGGCUAGUUUACCCCCUAGUACCAUACAAAAGUAUAUCAUUGAUUUUGGCCCAAUAGGCAUGACAUAUUACCUCUUUCAAGGAGCUUUCCGUUUUGAUAGGGUUGUUUCACCUACAAAACCUUUAGGCCUACCUGUAAUAAUAGAUUUUUAAAAAACGCAGCAUUCCUGCCCAGCCUAGCAAGAGUGGCCCGAAGGGUGUUUAGCAUCACCUAUGGCUCUGCAAGCACAGAGAUGGUAUUCUCCGCUGCUGGCCUGCUCUCCAGGCGCUAUCGCAUGAGCCUGAAGCCACAGACUCUGGCCAAACUCGUGUUUCUAAAAGUGAAUUCAAGGCUGAGCCUAAUAAGGCAUUUGUGGUUUCAUUUUUAUUUAAUUCUAAUUAAGUCACACCCUAUAUGCGCAAUUUAUAGACUAUAACGGCUUAAUAAAACAAAAUGUUGUUUAAAUGCUGAGUCUUAGGCUUAAUGCCAGCCUAGUGUGUCGCACUCGCAAAUGGUUCACAAUGUAUUUCUUUGUAGGCUAUAGCCUUGAAAUAAUUGAAAAAUAGGCUAAUAAUUUAGCCUGAAUAAUUCAUUUUCAGUACUUCUUAGGCUACAUGUCGUAUUAAACAGCAUAUAAACACUCUAAAUAUGUCAGGAGACAGACAUGUAGCCUAUUUGAAAUGAUGAGUGCUUCUUACAGUCACCUUUUUCCUGUUUAUUAAAAUAAUUUUCAUUAAAAUCAUAUGGUUUGGUUUCAAUACUUCAAAACCCAAUGGUAGGUCCAGGUAGUCACGAAAAUAGAUGGGUAUUGGUUAAAUUGUGAUUUGAAUGAAUGGAGCGAAUUUGGAGCUGUAGUUCUUUUUCCUGUUAGCUAGGAGUGUUUUUUUAGCAGAGCAAGAGCGGUGAGAGAUAAGCGGGAUCUCAACUCUGCUCACAUGAUCUGAUACAGACACAGCUUGGCUACAUUGUAACCAUGAAGCGCCAUGGUGUGCUCGCAUAUGGGUCUUCGCCAGGAAUGUUACAUUUGUAACUUCAUGAAAAGAUUUUAACAAUGUCAUUUAACCGAUUGAUUUGAGGAAAUACAUUGCCUUCAGAAAGUAUUCACACCCCUUGACUUUAUCCAAGUUUUGUUGUGUUAAAAAGUGGGAUUAACAUGGAUUUAAUUGUAUUUUUUUUGCAAGGACUACACAAAAUACUUGAAUGUCAAAGUGGAAGACAAAUUCGAACAUGUAACCUUUUUUUAUGGAAAAUAAAACACUAAUAUACUGUAUCUUGAUUAGAUAAGUAUUCAACCCCCUGAGUUAUGUUAGAAUGUUAGAAUCGCCUUUGGCAGCAAAUACAGCUGUAAAUAUUUCUGGUUAAGUCUCUUUGCACACCUGGAUUGUACAAUAUUUGCCCAUUAUUCUUGGAAAACUUCUUCAAGCUCUGUCAAGUUGAUUGUUGAUCAUUGCUAGACAGCAAUUUUCCAGUUUUGCCAUAGAUUUUCACACCGAUUUAAGUCCAAACUAUAACUAGGCCACUCAGGAACGUUCAAUGUCGUCUUGGUAAGCAACUCCAAUGUAUAUUUCGACUUGUGUUUUAGGUAAUUGUCCUGUUGCAAGGUGAAUUUGUCUCCCAGUGUCUGUUGGAAAGCAGACUGAGCCAAGUUUUCCUCUAGGAUUUUGCCUGUGCUUAGCUCUAUUCCGUUUAUUUUUAUACAAAAAAAACUCCCCAGUCCUUGCCGAUGACAAGCAUACCCAUAUCAUGAUGCAGCCACCACCAUGCUUGAAAAUAUGAGGAGUGGUACUCAGUGAUGUGUUGUUGGAUUUGCCCAAAACAUAAUACAGAGCCAACUAGGUAAAAACAAUCUGCCGAUGUGCCCUUGAGCUCCUUUAAGUCACUCUGGAUAAGAGCGUCUGCUAAAUGACUAAAAUGUCAAAUGUAUUCAGGACAAAAAGUUAGUUUCUUUGCCACAUUUUUGGCAGUAUUACUUAAGUGCCUUAUUGUAAACAUGCAUUGGAAUAUUUGUAUUCUGUACAGGCUUCCUUCUUUUCACACUGUCAACUACAAUGUUGUUGAUCUAUGCUCAGUUAUCUCCUAUCACAGCCAUUAAAACUCUGUUUUAAAGUCGCCAUAGGCUCAUGGUGAAAUCCCUGAGCAGUUUCCUUCCUCUCCAGCAACUGAGGUAGGAAGGACGCCUGUAUCUUUGUAGUUACUGGGUGUAUUAAUACACCAUCCAAAGUGUAAUUAAUAACUUCACCAUGCUCAAAGGGAUAUUCAAUUUCUGCUUUUUCUACCCAUCUACCAAUAGGUGCCCUUUGUGAGGCAUUUGAAAUACAUAAAUAAAUCAUGUUAAACACUAUUGCACACAGAGUGAGUCCAUGCAACUUAUUAUGUGACUUGUUAAGCACAUUUUUACUCCUUAACCUAUUUAGGCUUUCCACAACAAAAGGGUUGAAUACUUAUUGACUCAAGACAUUUAAGCUUUUCAUUUUUUAUUAAUUGAUAAACAUUUCUAAAAACGCAAUUCCACUCUGACAUUAUGAGGUAUUGUGUGUAGAUCAGUGAAACCAAAUCUCAAUUUUAUCCAUUUUAAAUUCAGGCUCGCUGUAACACAAUAAAAUGUGGAAAAAGUAAAGGGGUGGGAAUACUUUCUGAAGGCACUGUAGAUUCAGAAUGGUGUUAAAUGCCUGUGAACAGCUUGGGGAGGAAAACUAUUUCACAGAUUUAAUCAUUUAAUAUUAGGUCUGAUUAUUUCUCACUAUAUACUUGCGAGUCUGUGAGAUACUCAUUGACCAGACAUGCAGUUUUCUGCCAAGGUGAAACCUUUGGUAGUAGGCUGAUGGAAGGCUACUCAGUCAGUCGGCGGUACAGCGAAGCCUAAUUAAACAUGCCCGUGCUCAUCAAGGUUCAUACAGGCAAAGUGAAAUGAUACAAUGAAGUUUGCUUGUGGUGCACGCAGAUCAAAUGAUAUGUAAAACCACCUUUGAACCAACACCAUCGGCCAUGAAACAACGACACAAAUGUAACAACAGCACAACAAAAUAGAUAAGCCAUUUUCUUUUACAGGUGCCUUUUUUUAAACACCAGUGGUGCAACUAGUGCUUUCUAACUGCACCUUUAACAGUGGUGCGUGGGAGCGAAGCAAAACUUUCCAGUGGACAAAACCAUUCAUCUUGAAGCGACGGGGGGAGGGGGUGCAAAAUGUUAUCUAUUAAUUAAUAUAUAAAAUUGACAUAUGUGUUUUAAUAGACUAACUCAAAACAUUGCUAAUCAUUGAAAAUGACAAAUUACCAAAUGGAUCAUGAUAAUUUUCUGGUAAAAAAGUGAGGGUGCAAAAACAUACGUUUGCACUCCUAUUUUGAAAGUGUGGGUGCAGCUGCUUCGUUUGUGCCAUUGCUCAGGUGCCUAUGCACAUUUGCCCCAGCCCUAGCUGACACACAUCUGACUCAACUAAUAAUCAACUAAUCAUGGUCUCCAGUUUAGAAUACAAUUAGUUUAAUCAGUGUUAGCUAGGACUGGGGGAAAUGUGUGAUGCCAAUCAGGCCCUCUAGGACUGGAGUUGCCCAUCUCUGGCUUGUAUGGAAGUGAGGCACAGAACCUCUCAUUGUUAAAAACCAAACCGUCUUUCAAACUGUUUUCAGUCCAUGUCUGAGUUUAUGUGUGAUUGCUGUGCAGGGCUCUAAAGCGGGGCUGUCGUUGUGUUGAGGUGGACUGUUGGGACGGGCCGAAUGGAGAGCCGGUUGUUUAUCACGGCCACACCUUCACCUCCAAGAUCCUCUUCAGAGACGUCAUCACCACGCUGGGAGAGUACGCCUUCAAGGUGGGCACCUCGAUACCUGAGUUAAUUGUACCAUUUGCUGUGAAAAUUCACCACUAAGGACUCAAACUCAUUGUAAAUGAAUCAAUCUUCAUUAUCACGGCCGGAGAGGUACACAAACUCAAUCCAAGCUUGAUGAAAACUCUGACAAGGGCGUUCCCUUUCAGUCCUUAUAUACUGCUACACAAACAAGUCAUAUAAGCAUGAUUUACAUUAUUCAUGAUUCAUUAUUAACGUUGGUUCCUGCAUGUGACUGACCGAUACCUCACAAGGCUUCUUCUCUCCAAGCUGAGACCUUGAAACUGAGAUACUCCUCUUGGAUCCCAGAGCAAUGUUCUGCCAAAUUGCUUAUACAGUGAUAGUGAGGAUUCCUCCCAUGUACAAUUAAUCAGUGUGUACAAUCAAUCAGUCACUCGCAUGAACCCAACAUAGUUGGUUAUUAGAAAAGCAGCAUUGAUCUGAUACACACAAACAGAACAUUUCCAUCACACAUUCAUGACCACUCAGCUCUUUCUUUUUAAAAUUAAUUAUUUACACCCUUUUUCUCCCAAAUUUUGUGAUUACGAUCUUGUCUCAUCGCUGCAACUCCCCAACGGACUAGGGAGAGGCGAAGGUCGAGUCAUGCAUCCUCCAAAACAUGACCCGCCAAGCCGCGGUUCUUAACACUCGCUCGCUUAACCCAGAAACCAGCUGCACCAAUGUGUUGAAGGAAACACCGUUCAACUGACGACCGAAGUCAGCCUGCAGGCGCCCGGCCCGUCACAAGGAGUCGCUAGAGCGCGAUGAGCCAAGUAAAGCCCCCCGGGCCAAACCCUCCCCUAACCCGGACGACGCUGGGCCAAUUGUGCGCUGCCUUAUGGGACUCCCGGUCACGGCCGGUUGUUAGGGGAGUGACGCUGCAACACUGCGAUGCAGUCCCUUAGACCGCUGCGCCACUCGGGAGGCCAUGCCCACUCAGCUCGAUCCCCAACUCUGUCUAAUCCAGUCUCUAAGUGGUUCUGGUCCUGACCAUUUGUCUUCUGUGUUGGUUUUUGCUUCAACCAAGUAUUCAGCAUCAUAAAACAAUCUGUCUUCAGCCUUAACAUAUCAUAAAAAACAUUACUGUAAUAGAUCUACACAUUCCUCUAGGAAUUCCUGUUUAGUCCCUCGUCUGUCCCAUCUCCCAGGCAUCUGAGUUCCCUGUCAUCCUGUCCCUGGAGAACCACUGCAGCGUGGAGCAGCAGAGGGUCAUGGCCCAGCUCCUGGACACCAUCCUGGGGGACAUGCUGCUCAGGGCACCCCUGGACGGACUGGUUCCCCAAGAGCUGCCCUCUCCCCAGGUAAGACCCCCUUCAAUGUGUUUUAUAUUCUAUUUAUCUACUCUACCGUAACCAUUCUUCAACAAGGCAAGUCAAUUAUUUAACAAGUCAAUUGAGAACCCAUUCUCUAAGGAUUUGAUUUCCUGUCUGACUAUGUUCAGGUUUUUAUUCAGCAGUGAUGCUAAGAGCAGUACAGUCAGUGGCGUAACUACACAAUUGCAGGCCCCUGUACAAAAAUGAUCACUGGGCCCCCAAUGUAAAGCAGAACAGUAACUUAAAGUCAACAGACUAGAUGAACUGGAAAGACAUUCACACUUACGGGUGGCCAAAAAUAUCUAACUGAAAGCCACACCCCCAAUUAGCCACGUAUCUGAAUCUCUGCUACAAUAUCAUUGGACAGUUUUUGCAUAUUUCCUAGCAAUCUUUGCACACCAAUAAAAAAUGACAUUGUAACUGUUCAGUGAGGUUUGUUAUAUGAAUCAAAUAGAUGUAUUGUCAUCAAUACAUUCAAAUACACUGCUCAAAAAAUAAAGGGAACACUUAAACAACACAAUGUAACUCAAAGUCAAUCACACUUCUGUGAAAUCAAACUGUCCACUUAGGAAGCAACACUGAUUGACAAUAAAUUUCACAUGCUGUUGUGCAAAUGGAAUAGACAACAGGUGGAAAUUAUAUGCAAUUAGCAAGACACCCCCAAUAAAGAAAUGGUUCUGCAGGUGGUGACCACAGACCACUUCUCAGUUCCUAUGCUUCCUGGCUGAUGUUUUGGUCACUUUUGAAUGCUGGUGGUGCUUUCACUCUAGUGGUAGCAUGAGACGGAGUCUACAACCCACACAAGUGGCUCAGGUAGUGCAGCUCAUCCAGGAUGGCACAUCAAUGCGAGCUGUGGCAAGAAGGUUUGCUGUGUCUGUCAGCAUAGUGUCCAGAGCAUGGAGGCGCUACCAGGAGACAGGCCAGUACAUCAGGAGACGUGGAGGAGGCCGUAGGAGGGCAACAACCCAGCAGCAGGACCGCUACCUCCGCCUUUGUGCAAGCAGGAGCAGGAGGAGCACUGCCAGAGCCCUGCAAAAUGACCUCCAGCAGGCCACAAAUGUGCAUGUGUCUGCUCAAACGGUCAGAAACAGACUCCAUGAGGGUGGUAUGAGGGCCCGACGUCCACAGGUGGGGGUUGUGCUUACAGCCCAACACCGUGCAGGACGUUUGGCAUUUGCCAGAGAACACCAAGAUUGGCAAAUUCACCACUGGCGCCCUGUGCUCUUCACAGAUGAAAGCAGGUUCACACUGAGCACAUGUGACAGACGUGACAGAGUCUGGAGACGCCGUGGAGAACGUUCUGCUGCCUGCAACAUCCUCCAGCAUGACCGGUUUGGCGGUGGGUCAGUCAUGGUGUGGGGUGGCAUUUCUUUGGGGGGCCGCACAGCCCUCCAUGUGCUCGCCAGAGGUAGCCUGACUGCCAUUAGGUAACGAGAUGAGAUCCUCAGACCCCUUGUGAGACCAUAUGCUGGUGCGGUUGGCCCUGGGUUCCUCCUAAUGCAAGACAAUGCUAGACCUCAUGUGGCUGGAGUGUGUCAGCAGUUCCUGCAAGAGGAAGGCAUUGAUGCUAUGGACUGGCCCGCCCGUUCCCCAGACCUGAAUCCAAUUGAGCACAUCUGGGACAUCAUGUCUCGCUCCAUCCACCAACGCCACGUUGCACCACAGACUGUCCAGGAGUUGGCGGAUGCUUUAGUCCAGGUCUGGGAGGAGAUCCCUCAGGAGACCAUCUGCCACCUCAUCAGGAGCAUGCCCAGGCAUUGUAGGGAGGUCAUACAGGCACGUGGAGGCCACACACACUACUGAGCCUCAUUUUGACUUGUUUUAAGGACAUUACAUAAAAGUUGGAUCAGCCUGUAGUGUGGUUUUCCACUUUAAUUUUGAGUGUGACUCCAAAUCCAGACCUCCAUGGGUUGAUAAAUUAGAUUUCCAUUGAUAAUUUUUGUGUGAUUUUGUUGUCAGCACAUUCAACUAUGUAAAGAAAAAGUAUUUAAUAAGAUUAUUUCAUUCAUUCAGAUCUAGGAUGUGUUAUUUUAGUGUUCCCUUAAUUUUUUUGAGCAGUGUAUUUAGGUGACUUAUGUAGUGCCCAAACAUGUUUUAAAUUACAAAUAACCAUGAUUGGGAUGUGUUGUUGUUGGCCUGUUUUAUAGAUAAACAGCAUAAUGCAUUUUGCAAUGGUUCAUAGUGGACAUUGUGAUUGACCAUUGACAAGUCUGGUGUAAAAAAUUAUACAGCCCGGUAUGCAGGUAACUAGGGUUCCCAUGCAUAACUUAAUAGUGAGGACUUGCGGGCCCCCCAUGGCCAUGGGCUCCAGUGCACGUGCACCGCCAGCAUCCCCUCGCAUUCCGCCACUGAGUACAGUCUGUUUUCUCCAGUGAUUUGUUUUAUUAUUUUUCCAUUCAGAGCACUUUAGAUAAUCAAUACUCAAGUUUAUGAUUGGCAGACACUUCCUAUGAGGAAUAUCCUAUGAGGUGUGUGUGUGUGUGUAUGUAUGCAUGUGCAUGCGUGCAUACCCAUAUUAGGAUCUGAAGGGAAAGAUCCUGCUGAAAGCAAAGAAGAUUGGCAGCCUAGAAGAAAGUGAAACGCUGACCGAUGAGGCCACUGAUGAGGUCAGCGAUGAGGCUGAACCUGAGAGCCCGUCUGCAGAAAACCUGUCUGCAGAGGCCCUUUGUCUCCAUGAUAAGGUAUGGGGAUGGUUGGAUAAAUGGAUGGAUGGAGGUGAACGUCUGGCAACUUCUUGCCGUCAUCUGCGCCAACUAUUACACUUAUACAUUCACACAUUAUUACUGUUAAUACAUCCUGCCAUUAUGUAAAAAAUCUAGAUCAUGUUUUUGUCUAUCACACACUAGCAAGCAAUGAACACUGCACCUUGACCUGCCAGCUAAUCAUGUUUUGCCUUGGUUCAGUAGCCACAAAGCAGGUGAGAUUUGGUCACUUACGUAGUCAUGUCAUUUCCUGUCUCCUCAGAAAUUCAAGUUCUCUAGGGAACUCUCGGAUCUGGUGGUGUACUGCAAGAGUGUCCAUUUUCACAGCUUUGAGUACUCUCGCCUGCACUCCAAGUGCUACGAAAUGUCAUCUUUCUCUGAAUCCAAGGCCAGGAAACUUGCAAAGGACACAGGUGCGCCCUGAACUAUUUUAGCAAUACCUACAUAGCAAACAAUGUAUUCAUAUAUUGCCAAGGAUCAUCUGUGAGGAAUUCACUCCCAUUCACUGUUGUAGGACCCCUGGAUUAGGGGAUAGGAAAAAACGUCGCUGUAUGGCUGUCUUUCUCAGGGACGGAGUUUGUGCAACACAACAGCAGACAGCUUAGCAGGGUCUAUCCCAGUGGCAUGAGGACCGAUUCCUCCAACUACAACCCACAGGAGCUGUGGAACGUGGGUUGUCAGAUAGGUGAGACAUAUUCUACAAUAACAUCCAUACAUAUAGAAAUAAAUACGUGAUUGGUUGAUUGUUGUACUCCUAGUGGCUCUGAACGUCCAGACGGCUGGGCUGGAGAUGGAUCUGAAUGAUGGGCUCUUCAGUCAGAAUGGCGGCUGUGGCUACGUCCUCAAACCUGACUUCAUGAGGAAUGAUGACUCUUUUGACCCAGAAAGACCCCAGGACCGGGAUGGCUACGCAUCACUCCAACUGUCUAUCCAGGUCCAGAAACAACUGCUCUGUAUCAUACAACUAUGUUGUGUGCCUUUGUGCAUGUACAGUUUGUGUUCUGGAGGUUUCGUUUUUGCAUGUUUGUACUUGUCCGAGUCUUGAUUGUUUGUGUGUGUGUGUGUGUGUCCAUCAGGUAAUCAGUGGGCAGCAGCUACCAAAGGUGAACCAGAAGGAGGGCUCCAUCGUUGACCCUCUGGUUAGAGUGGAGAUCUACGGAGUAUCACAAGACCAAGCCAAGCAAGAGACUAGUUACAUUGACAACAACGGUGAGGGACCAUCUUACAUGGCCUGACAAAACAGAUUCAUUGGGGUCUUUGUACAGACCCAGCCUACUUGGAGACGAAAAUGCAUGCAUUAUCAUUAUUAUAAUUUUUUACAUGUAAAUAGUAUAGACCUUGCCAUGUUUUAGUGAAUUAGAUAGAACAUGACAUAGAACCCCAGUCCUUCUCUUGGCUGCCUAAAACCUGGUCUCUGCUGCCCCCUGCCUACAGGUUUUAACCCUUUGUGGAACGAGACCCUCAAUUUUAUCGUCCACGUCCCAGAGUUGGCCCUAGUGCGUUUUGUGGUGGAGGACUAUGACAAGGCCUCCAGGAAUGACUUCAUGGGCCAGUUCACCGUGCCCUUCACCUGUAUUCAGCCAGGUAAGAUAGACAUGAUCAUAUUACAACUGAGAUAAAGUCUGGACAGCUUGGUAAAUCUCAAGUGCAGUGUUCUUCAAAUUAUUGCACAAAAGAAUGUUAUCCUAUUGACUUACCUGGUUAAAUGUUAAAUCAAUUGAUGAAUCUUGUCUGAAUUUUACAUCGCAGGAGUGUUUUUUAUUUAAGCCUGUUAUGUACAAAUGUACAUAUUUUACUGUAUGAGUGAUGGUUUCUAAGUGGAUCUCCAUGACAGAAAUCUGAAUUUCUUCUGGCUCCUCUCCCCACUUUUCCCAGGAUAUCGGCACAUCCACCUCCUGUCCAAAGACGGAACGGCUAUCCCUCUGUCUACUCUGUUUGUCAAUGUCAAGAUCUCUGAGGUAACAACAGAAGUCUGAUGGCCCAAUGAUUGGCUGAAUAACAUGCUGCAAACUCCAACCACAUGGGAGGGCUACAAUACCUCAUGAUUGCUGUCACUUUCAACAAAUUAACUGUUAUCAGUAUUAAAAGAUAAAUCUAUAUGAACUGCUUUAGAGUAUUUCUGCCUAAAUACCAAUUUCUGUUCAAGCAAACAUCAGUGGGGCCUCACACUGAUGAAAGAUGAAAAUACACUUGCCUAGACAGCAUUACCUGGGAAUUCACAGCAUUUAAGUGAUUUUUUGCCCAUUUCCCCAAUAUAAAGUAUUUUAAAAUAAUCUUUUUUUACUUGUAUGUCAUGGGAAUGCAUUAAAGCAAUGUUCAAUAGCCUUGGCUGAUCAAACUGAUAUAACAACUGACAUACUGCAGGGCUCACAAGUCAUUUUAGAGUAAGAGACUAUGCAAUGACCUUUGUGUUUUUAUAUCAGUGUUUCAUAACCAUUCAAGUAUUCAACAUUUGCAUUGUGUGCUGGUAGAGUAACUUAACUGCAUAAACAAUUAGUCCUCCAUCGAAACAUUUCUAUAGACAUUUUAUACAGUUCCUCAAAGUGUGGCAUGAAACUAUAUCGGUAUCUCAUGCAUCAUGUUGUAAAAGUAUUAUAUUGUAAUGUAUGAAUGUGCAUAGAGCUCUGUAAAUAAAGAGAAAUUAAAGACCUGCUGUUUUGAAAACAUCUUAUUAUGAAAAGUUAUUCCUAUUGGUUAAACAUUUUUAAACCGCGCAUUUCUUGUAAUUCAUUAUCAGUUAGCAAUUGUUUUAUACGCCAUUAAUUGGCAAUGUUUUAAUACUAAACAUACAAUUGUAUAUUUAUUUCAUGGUGCACUUUGCAAUAGUAUAUGUACAUGCAUACUCAAUAAGACAAGGUCAGUUGUUGAUGUUUAAUUCAGUUUACUGCUGUAGCCCAGUCCUCAUCAUGCUUGGAUGAGGAAAACUGCAUCAAAACAUUCACUAAAAUGUCUGUUUUCUCAGGUCCCAGUUGAGUGGCCUGAACCUUUCUACUCCUCUCCUUGCUGGCCUUCUGUGACCUCCUCCACCCUCUCUUGCACCAACACCUCCACCCCAUCCGGUACAUUCACCUCCAUCCCCUCCUCCUCCACCCCAGCCCCUUCUUCCAG